CGCUUGAGCAUAUCACUCACUGAGCGCUUGAGCACAUUAAUCACACACAGAGCGCUUGAGCACGGACUGUCGGAUGUUGUCUUCCCAGCGCACCCUGGGUCGUCCCGGAGGUCUGGUUCCCUGGUUCUUAGCCUCCCAUGCUUGCCAUGGUGGCCGAUUUUCUCCCAUUAUGCAUACAU